ACAAGGUCACACAGGCAUCCUUUCAGCUGGGCUUUCAGGAAUAGAGCCAUACCGCUGCCCCGAUGAGCGAGGGAGUAGCUACUCCUCCCAGACAGAGUUGGGGUCAAAUCCAUGUGCACCCAAUUCCCACCAAAGGCUGCUGUCCCAGCUCGCUGGGAUGGAAGGAUAACACCUCCAGCCUCCCCUGGGACCUGCCUCUGUGAGGGCAGUUCACAAAGUUUGACACAGAGGUGCACGGAAAGGUGUACGUCCUAGGGAAGCAGCCCAAAGGUGGCAAGAAGCUGGCAGCAGCCCUCGAGAGGGUCCUGGCACCAUGGACAAUGACGAGCCUCUUGAGCCCGAGACAAAAGAUGAGAAUGAGACCACGCCAGCGCCCCAGAGCAGUGACGAAAUGCUCUACUGUGAGGCCGAACCCCCAACGCCUGUUGAAAAGGACAAACCAAUCUGGGAGAGUUCAGAAACAGACCUCGAGAUUGAAGAUAAUGAGAAAUUUUUCACCACCGGACAGAAGGACCUGUACCUGGAGGCCUGUAAACUGAUGGGAGUAGUCCCUGUCUCUUACUUCAUUCGGAACAUGGAGGAUUCCCACAUGAAUCUCAACCACCACGGGCUGGGCCCCCGGGGUACCAAGGCUAUUGCCAUCGCCCUGGUGUCCAACACGGCGAUUACCAAACUGGAGCUGGAAGAUAACUGCAUCAUGGAAGAGGGUGUCCUGAGCCUGGUGGAGAUGCUACAGGAGAACUACUACCUGCAGGAGCUGGAUAUUUCUGAAAAUGAGCUUGGUUUGGAGGGAGCCAGGAUCAUCUCAGAGUUCCUCCAGAGAAACAUCUCUGCCCUCUGGAAUCUUACACUUUCAGGAAACAGCUUCAAGGAAGAAUCCGCAACGCUACUCAGCCAAGCCUUGUCGGCUAACUAUCGACUUAAGAGGCUGGAUCUCAGUCACAACCAGUUCUCUGACCUGGGAGGAGAGCAGCUGGGCCAGAUGCUGGGUGUGGGGGAGGCCGAGCUGACGCCCUCCUCUCCAGCCCUCAAUGUAGGACUGACAGCGCUGGAUCUGAGCUGGAACCACAUCCACACACAGGGAGCUGUGGCCUUGUGCAACGGCCUGCGGGCGAACGUGACCCUGAAGAAACUGGAUCUCUCCAUGAAUGGCUUUGGGAAUGAAGGGGCUUCGGCUUUAGGGGAGACCCUCAGACUCAACAGCACCCUGGUCUACCUGGAUGUCAACGGCAAUGACAUCGGCAAUGAGGGAGCCUUCAAAAUCAGCAGAGGGCUGGAAUCCAACGAGAGCCUCAGGGUUCUGAAGCUCUUCCUGAACCCGAUAAGUAUGGAAGGGGCUGUUUCCCUUAUCCUGGCCAUCAAGAAGAACCCCAAAUCCAGAAUGGAGGAACUUGACAUUUCUAACGUGCUGGUGACCGACCAGUUCACCAAGAUAUUGGAGGGCGUGUACGCUGUUCACCCCCAGCUGGACGUGGAGUACAAAGCGGCGCCAGGCUGCUCCGCCAAGAAGACCCUCUUCUUGCUGACAAACCCCAUGAAAAUGAUCCAGAGCUAUGCAGACCAGCAGAAGAUCUCAGUGGUGGACUUCUUCAAGAGCUUGAACCCUGCUGGGACUAUGAAGAUGCCGGUGGGCGAGUUCCGGAAAGCAAUGUUACAGCAAAACAAGGUCCCUAUAAACAGGUACCAAAUCCGAGAGCUGAUAAAGAGGAUGGAUGAGAAGACAGGCAUGGUGAACUUCAGUGUACUUCCCUAGCAAAGCCUGAGCCUGGAUCAUGUGCCACUGAGCCAGACGCUGGGGACAGAGGAGCUACAGACCAGCACCCACAGCCUCACAGGAGUUUCUUGAAAAUGCCGGAGCCAUAGCAACAGGUCUGGUCUGGAAGGAAGUCUCGCUGAGAGAGAAGUCCUGGCAAGAUGGAUGGUGGCAGGAGGAGACUCACAGGUGGCCAAGACUUCGAUGGGCAGAUGCCAAGGCCAGGGCGAUGCAUGAGCAAAUAAAAUCUGGCCUGGCUCGGACAUCUCUGGGCCGCUGCCGUGUACCCUUCAUAGGUGUUGGGGAGCCUUCUGGUUGUGGUGUCCACCAGGGAUGUUCUUGGUGGCCCUGUUCAGCACCUCACCAACCAGCUAGGAAAGUGAUGGGGUGGCCAGGCAGCAGGGGAGCAGGCCAGGGCACAGAGCAGUCGUCACAGUCAGUGCAAGCUGUCAAGGGGAAGACUUCCAGGAUGGGAGGCAGCGGCUGGGAGAGCAGGUGCUGAGGAGUGGAGGGCAGGGGCCUUUCCAAGAAAAUGCUAAGAGGGCCAAUGAAGCCAGAGUCAGGAGCCAAGAGGCGUGGCAUAUAGUCAGGGCCACUACCUGGCUACAUGACCUUGGAGCCACCUGACUGAGUCCACAUAGAAAAUGGAACAGCUCAGAACAGCAGAUGGGGUAGCGGUAACGUCAUUGGACUCCCACGUGGCCAACUGUGGUUUGAGUCCCAGACUCGGUG